AUGAUGGAAAACGUGGUUGCAAAGACGGUGGAAAGCACACUGAAGAAGUCGAUAGACAAGUCGUCAGAUUACGACUUGGCAGAAAAAAUGGAGGACAUGAAAAAGGUAAUAAUUGAGGAGGUGCGGAGAAACCUGGUGUAUAACAAACCGGUGGGACCCAUCAUGAGCUCGAAGGAUAUCCUAACGUUAAGUCAAGAGCAGGAAAGUAAAUUUAACGAAGAGGUACACGAGCUGGGAUUGCAUGUGAAUAGGAUACACCACAAUUCGACGCCAGCUUUUCUGUACGAAAUGGCAUUGAAAUAUGAGUCCAAUUCGUUUAUAACCAGCACAGGAGCGUUAUGCUGCAUUUCUGGAGAGAAAACAGGGAGGUCUCCAUCGGACAAGCGGAUUGUGAAGGAGAGUUCCUCAGAAGAAAACAUCUGGUGGGGAAAAGUGAACAUUCCUUUGAAAGAAAAAUCUUACGAAAUAAACAAAGGCAGAGCGAUAGACUACCUAAAUUUGCAGCCAAACUUGUACGUUAUAGAUGCCUAUGCAGGUUGGGAUGAAAAUUGCAGAAUCAAAAUCAGAGUGAUUACUUCUAGGGCUUAUCAUGCACUGUACAUGCUGAAUAUGCUUAUCCCCCCAAAAAAUGUAGAAGAAAUACAAAAUUUUAUCCCAGAUUUUAUUAUAUAUAAUGCUGGGGAUUUCCCUUCAAACAGAUUAACAGAUGGAAUGUCCAGCCAAACAUCCGUCAUCAUAAAUUUCGGUGCAAUGAAUAUGAUCAUAUUGGGAACUCAGUACGCUGGAGAAAUGAAAAAAGGAAUUUUAACCCUUUUUAUGUAUAAGAUGCCAUUGGAAGGGAAACUACCUCUACACUCUUCCUGCAAUGUUGGGAAGAACAACGACGUGACUUUAUUCUUUGGACUCUCAGGCACGGGAAAGACAACCCUCUCUGCUGAUGCGAAUAGGUAUCUCAUAGGGGAUGAUGAACAUGUGUGGACAGACGAUGGCAUAUUCAACAUAGAAGGUGGGUGUUAUGCAAAAUGUAAGGGCCUUUCAAAAAAACAAGAACCAGAGAUUUAUAAGGCAAUCAAAUUUGGGGCUAUUCUCGAAAAUGUGGUAAUGGACCCAGUCACCAGAGAAGUAGAUUAUAAUAACUGCACAAUUACAGAAAAUACACGAUGUGCUUAUCCUUUGUCCUACAUAGAAAAUGCGAAGAUUCCCGCGUAUGUUCAUACCCAUCCGCAGAAUAUUAUCCUGCUGACCUGUGAUGCCUUUGGAGUUAUUCCCCCGCUAUCCAAGCUGGAUGUAUACCAAAUGAUGUACCAUUUCGUUAGUGGGUAUACGAGCAAAAUGGCUGGCACAGAAAGCGACGUUUUGAAACCAACAGCUACCUUCUCCUCGUGUUAUGCCGCUCCCUUCUUGGCUCUCCACCCUAUGGUGUACGCCAAAAUGUUGGCGGAGAAAUAUCAGAAGCAUAAGGCCAACGUAUGGCUGUUAAAUACUGGCUGGAUUUAUGGCUCGUACGGUUCGCAGAAUGGGCAACGGAUCCCUUUGAAGUACACGCGCAUGUUGGUGGACUACAUUCACGAGAAUAAGCUGAUCGAUAUUGAGUAUAAGAAGACGCCCAUUUUUAACUUUAACAUCCCUGCCCGCGUGGAGGGCAUUCCCGAGGAAGUCCUCGACCCCCUCGUCGGGUGGAAGGACAAGGAGGACUACAUGAAGAACCUCCAGAACUUGGCCAGGGAGUUCAUCAGCAACUUUGCCUUGUUCUCGGACAAGGCCGGCCCGGACAUCCUCUCGGGGGGGCCCGCCCUCUAACAGUGCAGGCGGCGGAGUUAGCGGAAUUAGCCGAAUUAGCGGUGAGAUAGCGGAGUUAGCCGAAUUAGCGGCGAGUUAGCGGCGAAGCACCCGUCUGACUCGUUACAUCCGCGCCGCUAUUCCACGCAGUUGGGGAGCUCCGCGAAGAAGCUAACCAGGGAGGAUGCAUACGCAGAAUUGGGGAGCGGAUCUCCCGAGCGCAGCGUCGCCACAGAAUCGCUCUCAUUUUUUUCACUUUGGAACGUAUCACCUUUUUUUUUUAUUUUAUUUUAUUUUAUUUUUUUUUGCUACUAUUUUUACGCCCAUGCUGGCCCCUUUUUCCCACAUAGGGAUGUCCCUAUGUGCAGCCACAAGUGGCCACAGACGGCCGCUUUACACCUGCGCGCGGGUCCCAUUUGUCAUCGCGCUAAGAAUGAAGUUCCUCUCAUGCACUCUGCACACCUUUCCCUUUUUUUCCCAUCCUAACAACCAACUAAGAGGAAGCAGCAAAUACUCCCACCGAAUUAAGGCAACCUUUCAAUUGAAC